AUGGAAUCAUUGCAUGUAAUUCAUUACAGGGCGUAUAGAACUACAUUUUUGGCAGCUCGACUGGGUGAGAAGGCCAUGUCUGCGGGCGUCGAGGCGGCUCGGCGUCGGUCUCGUGAAGACAGGACAACAUCCCAACAGGAGGAGCAGCGACCACUCCAUGGGGAAUCAACGGUACAGGGAUUGGAUUAUGAGCUUGACAGUCCCUUGAGACGGAAUUUCAAGGCUUUGCUGGUCCUUGCUGUAUCUGUCUAUGGACUUAAAGAGGCAAAAUUUGUUGAAAAUUUGCUCUGGAACAAGAAAGUGGGAGGCGCGGCUCUCGCUGUCAGCGUCGCGGCAAGUUCCAUUUUUGUCCUCCUGUGGGCUUACCUCGACGUGUACGUGGGGGCUGUGCUGGGUAAGCAGGUAGACUACCCUGAGGCACGGCGGGUCACCCAUGCUCUCCUCGUCUCCCUACUGGUGACCCUCGUCUCUUUGACGAUCGCCGUGUGGCCAAUCUAUCAAGCCACAGCCCUAGUGCUCGUCUGCAUGCUCAGUUACGGUGUCCUCUUUCAGGUGGUGAUCCUCGUGCCCGCCUCCGUGUAUAAUCCUCUUUUCUUUGCACUCCAAUCCCUACUGUCCACGUGUCUUUUCCCACGGUUGUCCUCCCUUUCUUGGCACCAGGCGGUGGAACAGACUCGUUCACCGCCCCGCUUCCCUAACUGCCUCCUCGCUCUCAACCUCCCCUUCCAAACGUUGAAUCGCCCAGGACAGAUGCUCCUUCACCAUCUCAUCGUUUUCCUCCUCCCACACCUCCCUCAACACCGCCAGCAAUUCUUCCCCGUCCUCCCCUUCCUCCCCCUCUCUUCCUCCGCCUUCCCCACUGUUACCCGCCGCCACCGCCACAUUCCGCAGCAUUCUGGCCCUCCCAAUCCGUGUGAUAGGUGA